AUGAAAGACCCAACCCCGUUCUCUGGUAGACCCGGAGAGAGUGUCAAGAAUUAUGUCAAGCAGUGCAAGUAUGCCUGGCAGGGCAUGGCACACAUGAAGGAGGAAGAGAAAAGGGAAGCCCGGGCCAUGACUCUGCUAGCCGGACUCCGAGGUUCCUACACGCCACAAUGUUUCCCUAGAUCCACGGAUGUGUGA